AUGAACCAACAACCAAGUGUCCUUGAAUGGAAUGAGAAUCGAGAAGUGGUGGCGUUGAUCUUUGGAUGGGCGGGAGCACAAGACAAAAAUUUGAAAAAAUACGCUGAUCUCUACAAGGAACAUGGAAUCUCGACUUUGCGCUACACAGCUUGUUAUCAAGGAGCCGGGAAAAGCAUCUAUGGAUUGCAUAGCUCCGAUGGAGCCAUUGAAGCUCUUCUUGCUGAUUUUUGCAGUGUUUGGAAACGAAAAGAAGUUCAAUUCAUUAUUCAAUGUAUGAGUAUGAAUGGAACAAUGGCUAUGGUAUCGUUGAUUAGACGAGAGGAGUUUCCAGAUCUCUUCAAUAGAACAAUUGGAAUUGUCUUUGAUAGUUGUCCAAUUUAUGCAGACUCUUGGGAUGGCUAUUCUCAAGUAUUAGACUUUCAAAUUGGUGACCAUUUUGGAAAUUCACUUUUUGGACUUUUCUCGAAAAAGUUGGCAAUAUGGUUGAUGGUUCAAAAGCAAGGAUAUAACUAUUAUGAAAUGAAAUUCAAAAACGUUAUGCUUGGCUAUGAAUUAAAGGACAUGAUGCACUAUUACUUUUUAAGAGAACAUCCGAAUAUUCCCAUGAAACAACUUUAUCUUUAUUCAGAUGCAGAUGUCAUUUGUGAUUCAAGGCAAAUUCAACAAUUCCAUGAGACUCACUUGAGACAAGGCAAAGACGUAACAUUCAAGAAUUUCAUCGACUCAAAACACGUUGAACACCACCGAAAAUAUCCCAAAGAAUACACGAAAAUUUUGGAUGAUUUCUUGACCAGUUUACUGAAAAAGAAUACAUCGAAACUU